GCUGUGGUAUCCCAGAGCAGAGAAUGUUUUUCACAUUUUAACAAAAUGAAGUUACUCACUGCAACACUGUUUUUCAUCCUUUUGAUCCCACUGCAGCGUUCCUGUGCUGUGAGUCCCACAGGCUGUGAUGCUGCUGAGCCCGUGGCUGGGAAAGCUCUAGACCUGAUCAAUAAAGGACGGUGGGAUGGCUACCUUUUCCAGUUGCUGUGGGUCGCUGAUGUCCACUUGGACAAAAUGCUGUGGCGCUGCCCAUGGCAGAAGGAGCAGGAAUUCUAUUUAGGAAAUAAAAAGAUUGGGUUUUUUUUGAAGAAAACUCUGGGCUGCCACAUGCUACUCACCCAUUGCUUUCUUGGUAUUCCCCAGGGAUCCACAGCUGUCUAUUAUUUAGUCUUGGAUGUGAAAGAAUCUGACUGUUCAGUCCUAUCCAGGAAACACUGGGCUGACUGUGAGCCAAGCGUUUCUAUUGGUCCAUCUGAAAUCGUGAUUGGACAAUGUAAGGUAAUAGCUAUAACACUUUUGGAUGGGUCUCAGAAUCUUAGAGUGAAUGACUUUAACUGCACCACAAGUCCUGGGGAAAGAACCAAUUACUACCUGGACUUCUCUGUGAGGAACUGCUCCAGUCACCACUUUCCCAGCCUCUGUGAAAUACUGGACACAGGCAACUCAGGUCUUCAUGCAGAAGGUUGGGCUAAAGGCAAGAUCUUUGGAUUCUGCAGAGCAGAUUUGUCCUAUGAUGUAGAAGAUUCUGACUUGGAAACCCCAAAAGACAUUGUCAUAAACUAUGACGUUUUCAAUCUUAAGGAACAUACAAACAUCAGUGGUGUGAAGCAUCGUUUGGGCCAUGCCCUCCACUCUGGUCUCGUUUAUCUGCUUCUUCUGUACCAAACUGGGAUAUAGGAGUCUCCGUAAGAUGCUAAUGGACAUGACUGCCAAGAGACAACAUAUGGCUGGUGUCUCCCUGAGAUCUUGCUGCCUCCAAGCUACAGCCCCAGAAAGCAAGGAAGAGGCUGCUACCAAGUUUAACCCAGGAGUCCUCCCAAGAAAUCGACUGCAACAACCAGGAU